CAAACGGUUAGCACCAGUUGGCUAGCGCCUCUUUCCCAACAGUGUUUAGGCAGCGACCUAACAAAGUGUUUUGAACUCUUCAGAGGGGAUAUAUUGGACUUAUCAUUUCUCGGACGCGUAGAUGGAAACUUUAACGGAUUCACGGUAUAGAGACGUAUCACUUUAGUGCAAGACAAGGGCUUAUAUUGGAUAUGUAAUGUUAGUUAACGAUAGCUAACUUAGUUUCUAACAGUGUAACCUAACGUGAGCUAAAGCUAGCAGCAGGACGGUGCACUGUAUCAGCUCAUCCGAAAUGUUUUUGUAAACUUUUUCUUUGGUAGCUGGCGUGAAAUAACUAAAAUAAAAAAAACUACCAUAAAAUACGUAAUGCGUAUGAGACAGUUAUAAACAACAUGUCAGUGAAAGCCUUUUGUAAACUUUAAUAGAGCUUGUUUUGAAGCAUCUAUCCUGAGCGAGCUAUCGUAAAGGUAGUCACACUCCCAGCUGCGCUUAUCUCUUAAAGCUUUGCCAAAUUACUCAAUUGACGUCUACGCCAUAGAGUAUAAUAGACACAAUGCCUUGACAGUUUCCCGGUUUAGGCAUUACUUACGACUUUGAAUAAUAGAAUAGUUCAUCAGCUAUUCGCCAUGGCAAGUGCCUUAGCAGCGAAAAUGGGAUUUAACUCACUGAUGAGAAAACAAGCCAGGAACUUCAACGUCAGGAUCUGCACAAUGGAGUCAGACAUGGAGUUCAGCUGCGAGGUCAAGUGGAAAGGAAAAGACCUUUUUGACUUGGUGUGCCGAACUCUGGGACUGAGGGAGACGUGGUUCUUUGGGCUCCGCUACGACAUAAAGGACACAGUCGCUUGGUUGAAGAUGGAAAAGAAGGUUCUGGAUCAGGAGGUGCCGAAGGAGGAACCAAUCACCCUUCAUUUCCUGGCCAAGUUUUACCCUGAAAAUGCUGAAGAGGAGUUAGUGCAAGACAUCACACAGCAUCUCUUCUUCCUACAGGUGAAGAAGAAGAUCCUCGAGGAGGAGAUUCACUGUCCACCCGAGGCCUCUGUGCUGUUGGCCUCCUAUGCCGUCCAUGCCAAGUACGGAGACUACGACCCUAGUGUCCACAAUCCUGGCUUCCUGGCUGAGGAGGAUCUGCUGCCGAAGAGGGUGAUUAACUUGUACCAGAUGACUGCAGAAAUGUGGGAGGAGAGGAUCACAGCAUGUUAUGCAGAGCACAGGGGCAGGACAAGGGAUGAAGCUGAGAUGGAGUAUUUAAAAAUAGCUCAGGACCUGGACAUGUAUGGCGUCAAUUACUUUUUAAUCAGGAAUAAAAAGGGAACAGAUCUUCUUCUGGGAGUGGAUGCCCUGGGUCUGCACAUCUACGAGCCGGACAACAGGCUGACACCUAAGUGCUCCUUUCCUUGGAAUGAGAUCCGCAACAUCUCCUACAGCGACAAGGAGUUUACCAUCAAACCUCUGGACAAGAAAACUAAUGUUUUCAAGUUCAACUCUUCACGGUUAAGAGUCAACAAGUUGAUCCUCCAGCUGUGUAUAGGGAACCAUGACCUGUUUAUGCGCCGGCGGCGGGUGGACUCGCUUGAGGUACAGCAGAUGAAGGCUCAGGCCAGAGAGGAGAGGGCCAGAAAACAGGUAGAGAGGCAGCGUCUGCAAAGGGAGAAACAGUUGCGGGAGGAGGCAGAGAGAGCCAGGGACGAGCUGGAAAGGAGGCUGAUGCAGCUGCAGGAUGAGGCCCACAUGGCCAAUGAGGCACUGCUGCGUUCAGAGCAGACGGCAGACCUGCUGGCUGAAAAGGCCCAGAUCGCGGAGGAGGAGGCCAAGCUGCUGGCCCAGAAAGCUGCUGAGGCUGAGACAGAGAUGCAGCGCAUCAAAGUGACUGCCAUCCGUGGCCAGGAGGAGCGGCGGCUCAUGGAGCAGAAGAUGCUAGAGGCAGAGAUGCUGGCCCUUAAGAUGGCCGAGGAAUCGGAGAGGAGGGCCAAGGAGGCUGAGCAGCUGAAACAGGACCUGCAGGAAGCCAAGGAGUCAGAGCGCAGGGCAAAGCACAAGCUGCUGGAGAUUACCAGCAGGGCUGUCUAUACGUCCCCUGGACUGCCACCUGACAGCAUGCCUCCUGACCUGAGCUUCAGCAGGGAAAACCUCAGCUUUGACUUUAAAGAUACCGACAUGAAACGCCUCUCCAUGGAGAUCGAGAAGGAGAAAGUCGAGUACAUGGAGAAGAGCAAGCACCUGCAGGAGCAGCUGAACGAGCUGAAGACGGAGAUUGAAAGUCUGAAGCUGAAAGAGAGGGAGACUCCUCUGGACAUUAUUCACAACAAGAACACAGAGCAGGGGACCAGCAAGCACAGCAACUUUAAGAAGCUAACACUACAGAGCACCAAGUCCAGAGUGGCCUUCUUUGAAGAACUCUAAACUACAUACCUGUAAAGGUGGGGAUGCACAACUGCCUCAUGAUUCUACAUUCCUGGUCAAUUAAUGAUUGGCCACACUACAACGCCUUGUGCUCCACUUCCUGGAAAACCAUCAUGAAACACUACAGAUUAAAAAAAAUGACCACUGGCCUGAUCUCCACCAUCUCCAUGGGCCUUCUAUGUACGCACAAAAAGGAUGCAUGUAUAAUGUUCCUGCACUAAAUCUGGGAUUCAUAAAGAAAUGUGUGUGUGUUUACAGUAAGGGUGUGUGGAAUACAGCACAUUCCUUGACUAUUUGAAGUGAACUUGGGUGUGGUUUUUAUAAAUGUCAAAGAACAAAGGGUAGACAAUGCAAAAAUAAUAAAACAUGGUCUUUGACUGCUCCAGUUACACUUUGGCUCUAGUAAAUCAGUAUUUGUGGAGUGUAGAAUGGUUAUUGUAUCAUGUCCAAAUGGAGCGACCUACAUGAUUAGAUUGUCUAACAGUUAUGUUAUUCAAAUAGAAUGAAACCACUAAGAGGUAAAGUUGAACAAGAGAAUACAUUGAUUAUAUUACUGAUAUGCUGCCCUUAUGCUGACCCAAAUAUUUGAUAUUUAGUAGUUAGUAAUAUUGUAUUGUUCUAGACUGCCUCCUGCUUUACCACUGACCAUCUGAUUUAUUAUGCCAAGACAUUCCUCCAUAUAUUUCUUCUUAAUAAUUUCUGGCGGUCUUAGUUUUCUUGGUUCAAUGGAAUGGUUAAAUUAAAAAUGUAAUGUUCAAGCAGCAAAAAUUGGGCAUUUCUUUGCCAUAAUACAUUUAAACAGCCAUUUAUUGCUAAUAGUAGGAGUUGAUGAGCUGUGGUGGAUAUUAAGCUCAACAACACAAAAAUCCAUUUCUCUGGUGUAUAACAAUUCAUUUAUUAUUGUGUGAGCAGUGUUUUUUAGAUCACAGAAUUAUUGUCCAUGUUUGUGCCUUUAUGCAACUUUUAAUGGUGAACGUAGACAAAUUGUUGUACAUUAGGCCUUAGGACAUGCGUUUACACAUCGUAUACAUUAGGGCUGUUUGUAGUUUGUCAGUCGAAUCAGAUUUGGCUGUUUAAUACGAAUAUUCGACUAUUUGUUGUUUUGUUUUUUUUUCAGUUUGCCAUCACACCAAACUCCUACAUCAGCAGUUCUUGCAGUGGAAACACGGCUACAACGCUCUCAUGUUUUAGCCUACCUCACUUUGUAAUGCCUUUCUUCAUCAUCUGUGAUGUGAAAGCAUCAGAUUUCCACACAGAGAAAGUAAAAGAGUGCAUCCUGCUCAUAUUUCAGUAUUGAAAUCUGCACCACAGAGUGUCUGCACCACAGAGUGUCUCACCUAUCGAGCUGCUGCAGUGCUGUCACCCGAAGAGUCACAAUCACAGUGAGUGACAGUAGAGGAAGUUGUACCACCGUAUGGUUCAAAAGUGGCUUAGCAGAGAGCAGCUGUUGCCCUGCUGUCCAGCAUCAUGCUGUUCUCUCUUAACUAUCACUCCUCUCCGCUUCCAUCACAGUUUAGUUUUGUAGUUUGUGGUCAUUUUAAGACUCGGUUUGUAAAAUGUACAGCCUGCCAUGCUGUCGCUCUGUGUACAAUGGCGCAGCUAAAAAAAACUAAACUGCAGGAAUUCAACUGACAAAAUGUGAGUCAACUCAGGGUCUUCUCGUCUUAAGAUUUGAAUCGAGUUUCCGGGGGCAGCCCUAGUGUAGGUAUCUCUGGCUGCCUCAAGCAGAUGAACACUUGAUUAAGUUGUCCUUACACAAAGCACCAAGUGCACUAGGCUCUGCUCUCGAAAGUAAAGAGAUGCACAUUUGUAUAAGGUGGGUCUUAGAAUUCAAACUGGAUGAAGGAACUGUGAUUCUCAGAUGUGUCACAUUGAUCAUCUAUCUCUUCUCUCUUUUUUGUGAAGACAACCACUUUUUCGAAACAUGAAUUUGCAUCUAUUUUGAAUUAAUGUGUCUUUUUGAAUUAAUGUGCUAUUUCCCUCUGAAAGCAAUUUAUUUUGGGGAAUUAUAAUGUGAAGAAAAUGUAUUAGUUUUUCUUCCUGUCUGCAUUUAACAUGGAUAGGCAGUAGCAGUAAGCAGUAUUUCAAAUGAAACUUUGGAUGAGGUUACAGGGCCUAUAUUACUAGAUAUACAUUUUCACAGAAACAUUGUAACAGACAUGUAUGUCUUUCAUGUAAAAUAAAUGAAUAUCAGGUCUGA